AUGUCUCUUGGACAAAUAGUUGAAGCUGAUAUGGUUGAUAGUUCGGGGAUUGCUCCAAAAGCAACUCUAGAACUUCUGAGUAGACAAGUCGGUGGAGGUCAGAAUCUUGGAUUCAUUCCUGUAAAUUAUAAAAAUUAUUUACGUUCAAAGCGUACAAGAGAAAUGAGGGUAGGAGAUACAGGGGCCUGUUAG